AUGCCUUGUUACACGUUGCAACCCCGACAAAGGGCUUUCUAUCUGAGGCGGGUUUACCUUGGACAUGUGGCUUCUCCCCUCUUGUUCCAUAACCAGGUUCCUCUUUGCAGAAGGUAUAGGCACGGUGUGAGGCUAUUCCGGUUAAAUUUGCUUUAA